AUGACCAUAAAUAGACUAGCUCCAAUACUAUUAUCAAAGUGCCCAAAAUUUUCUCUACCGAAAAUGCAGAACAUACGUUUUUCCCAUUCAUUUCCCUUACGAGACUACCAACAGAAAGCUAUUGAUUUGAUCCUAGAAUCAUCUGGCUCAGGAGUGAAAAGACAAGCAAUAGAAAUGGCUACUGGAAGUGGCAAAACAGUUGUAUUUAGCCACUUAAUUCCCUUAUUAAAACGAGAAGGAGCAAAAACCCUUGUUUUAGCACAUACUCAAGAAUUAAUCACUCAAUCACGAGAUAAGAUCAACAAGGUAAACCCUGAUUUAAAAGUUGGUAUUGAAAUGGGGAAAGUACGUUCUACACCAGAUGACGAUGUUAUUGUGGCAUCGGUAAUGUCAUUAGCCAGAUCCAAUAGAUUAGCAAGAUUUGAUCCCGAUGAAUUCAAAACGAUCAUUAUUGAUGAAUGCCAUCAUGCUAUUGCACCAUCGUAUUUGAAGAUUUUGAAACAUUUCAAGGCCGAUACAAAAGACACUGACGUUCAUGUAAUUGGAUUUACUGCUACUUUAGCACGGACUGAUAAACAAAAAUUAGGAACAGUAUUUGAUAAAAUUGUGUUUCAAAGAUCAUUACCCACUAUGAUUGAAAACAAGGAGUUGGCAGAGUUUAAAAUAUCUAACGUGAGUAUCAAAAAUUUGAAUUUGACAAAUGUUCCAAAAAAAGGCGGUGAUUACGAUUCGUCAAGUUUAUAUUUGGCAUUAAAUAAAGUAGAUAUUAAUGAAAAGAUAUUGUUGGCAUACAUGGAAUUAGCAAAAGAUUACAAGAGUACAAUAAUUUUUUGUGUUAACGUUGAGCAUUGUCGUGAAGUAUGUGGGCUAUUUCAACAACAAGGUAUAGAUGCCCAAUACGUAUUAGGAGAAACGUCCAGAAUUGAAAGAGAGUUUAUCGUGGAAGAUUUUAAACAAGGAAAAUUCCCCGUCUUGUGUAAUGUUGGGGUAUUCACAGAAGGGACCGAUAUACCAAACAUCGAUUCUAUAAUUCUUGCAAGACCAACAAUGUCACAAUCUUUAAUGAUACAAAUGAUCGGUAGAGGAUUAAGAUUACACAAGGAGAAAAGUCAUUGUCAUGUGAUCGAUUUGGUGGGGAUAACAAAAUCAAGUCUAGUAUUGAAAGCGACAUUAUCUGGUGAAGAGCCACAAGAGAAAGACAAAAGAAGAUUCACAGAUCAAAAAAAUGGUGAAGAAGAUGAGAGGUUGGACGAUUUGGAAUAUAUUGAAUCGAUCAAGUCGUUGCGUGCACGUAGGAAACUAAUAGUGGAACGUGCAUUGUAUUAUUACAACCAAGGAGCUUCUGAAUUGAAAACUAUCAACGGUAUACAAUUAUUUCAAAAGUACAUGCUGGAUAUAGAGGUUGUGAAAGAUAUACUUUUGAAAGGCAAACUCCCAUGGGUGGCAUUGUAUAGAGAUUCAAUUUGGGGUGUUGGUGGUCUAGAUGAGACCUUUUUUCUAAUUGAAAAAAUCAACACGAACAACAAGCUAGAGUUUAAGUUGACACGAAACCAACUUGAUAGACAUAGUAUUUCAAGUAAUCAAGAAGUUGAGCAUAUUCACACAAGCAGCAAUAUACUUGAGUUGAUGCAGAAACUAGAUGAAACAUUUCCGGAACAUACGCUGUAUACGGCAAAGUAUAACACGUUUAGAAGAAAAUGUCACAAGUAUUUUGCUGAAUUUAUUAUUUCCAAAUUGAAUUACCGAAUCGAUAAAUAUUGUCAUGAAAAUCGUCUUGAGAAAGAACAGUUUCUUGCUUCGCUUAAUGAUGUUGUUCGUGGGUUGCAUUUAGUGACAGCAUACCGAUUCAAAUUUGCAUUAAUGUAUUAUCCACAAUGUGAUUAUUCAUUUUGGAAAGGGAACCAGAUUCUAACACAAGCAGUGGCAAAUUGUCGCAAGCAAAUACCUUUGAAAUAUAGAGAUUAA